CCUUGCUUCGUCGGUGAUGUAGUGCUUGCGCAGGCGCACAAUUUGUAACUUGAUUUCGGCGGUUCGUGCAGUUGUCCUCUUGUUUUCCGUGUCUGGAGCGAUGUCUGACAAAGAAAAGGAGGAAGCACCUACAAGUGAACCAACAGAAGCUCCUGUCAAGCGAGGACGUGGUCGGCCACGUAAGGUGAAGCCUGAUGUUGCCCCUGAAGCUACAGAUGCUCCCAAACGACGCAGAGGGCGCCCAAAGAAGAACCCUACACCUGAAGAGUCCGUAGAUGUAGAGGAUGAGACUGAUGGAGAAACAGAAGCUCCUAAACCAAAGAAGGUAGCUCCUGCUACAGACACACCCAAGAAAGGUCGUGGUCGUCCUCGAAAAAAUCAAACGACUGCAACUAAAGCUACAAAGGACAGCGAUGACAAAGAACCGUAGGUUGGUAUGGAUACGGUCAUGUUGGACAGAAUACAACAAUUCAUUUUUAUCAUAGUUCAUUAUGUGAACAUUACAGUGCGUUUCUGCUUGAUGCUGUUGUCUGUAUAUGUCUGUGGAAGCAUUUGUUGGGCAUCCUAUUGCACAUUUUUGAGCUCUCUGUGAUGAUGAUAAUGAGACUGGUUUUAAGAACACGUGCUGUAGUAGCUUGGCAGCCUGGCGUGGGCUAUGUCAUAGAAAUUCUUCUCCUCAUUCAUGGUGACUUUUCA